GGACUGAACGUCACAUUCCUGCAUUCCCUUUUUCCUCAGUCCGGGACGGCGGAGUUGUAGCUACCACCACAUAGCUAAUCCUCUCCUCCACUCUUCAUUUUGACAAAACACACCCAUGACACGGCGGAUUUGAUCUCAGGAGGUGAUCCCGGGUUCACCAGGAGUCACAAUCUCUUUUCGGGUCACUUUCCUCCUUCCCUCCCCCUCCUCCCCUUCCACCCGUCACCUCACCGGUUGUCAUGGAGAACUCUUCGGUGGCAUCCGCGUCGUCUGAGGCUGGGAGCACACGCUCACAGGAGAUAGAGGAGCUGGAGCGCUUCAUCGACAGCUAUGUGCUGGAGUACCAGGUGCAGGGGCUUCUGGGAGACAAGGCAGAUGGAGACUUGGACUUGGACAAUGGUGGCAAGGUGCCACAGUGGACAGAUGACUGUAACAACAAGAGAGAUGGCAGCUGGACGUCUUCACGGGGGAGAGGCUCAACCAAGCCAGAUGAGUGGGAACACAGCAGUAACGGCAGUACAGGGUCCAGGCCCAGUUCAGGGUCUAGACCAGGAUCUGGCUCACGCUCCGGCAGCAGAGGCAGAAACAACCAGUUCACAGGCCCUGCGAAGAAUGGGAACAGAGACGGCUCCUUUGACAUCCUGGGGACAGACAUAUGGGCUGCCAACACGAUGGACUCACACGGAGGUGCAGGUUGGGACGUGCAGCCAGAGAAGCUGGACUUCAGCCAUUUCCACAGGAAACACUUCAGAGGAACACCAAAGCACCUGCCACAUAUUGACAGAGAGGGGAUGAACAAAAAUAAGUUUGAGGAAGAUGACGGCAUAGACAUGAACGACAUAGAGAGGUUCCUACCCCAUCUACGCUCUGUCUUCCCACCCCUUCCUAAUGAGGCUGAGAUCGCACACACCAAAAAGCUCUUCCGACGCAGGAGGAAUGACCGACGAGUGGUUGAUCAGUUCACCCGAGACCAGUUAACCAUACUUCUGCCCACUGGCCCCGGGGGAAAGCGGCAAGUCUCAGCCAGGAGACAGCAGCGGCCUCAGGGAGGAGGAGGAGGUGGCGGAGGAGUGAAGAACCAACCUCAGCUGAUACAACAACAGUCACCACAGCACCAGAGGGAUCAAUCCCAACAGCAGUCUCCAAACCAACAGCAGCAGAAUUUAACAGAACUGGGAGAUAACAGAAACAGUAGCGCUGGUCGGCCGCCUCGCCAGUAUCAAGGAGGACAUGGGCAGCGCCAAGGAGGACCCCCGCACCACGGAUACAGCCAGAACCGGCGUUGGCACCACAAUCAGAAAAGUCAGGGGCAUGUACAGACAAACACUACAGGUGAUAAAGGAGUACCCCCAAGAACAACCAAAGACAAAGAGACUGAGAAUGUAAAACCGGGUGACGAGCAGAUCAGACCAUCUCAAGACUGCGGCAGGAAGAGUCCCAAUGAAUCACCCAGGCCUGACUCAACAUCCAGUACAAAUGCUCUCCCACAUCUGACAGUUGGAAAGGAAUCUCCCAACCCAUCAGGAAGUGGAAAGGCAAGCGAAGGCCAGUCGGAGCAGCCCAAAAUCAGCUUGCUGCAGUCGUCAAAGGAGAGACUGAGGAGGAGACUAAAGGACAAGGAAGAGGCGCGCGUCGAGGCGUCAGGCUCCGGCACACAGAACAUGGACCGGCUGGUGGAGCUUCUCAACAGCAUGAGGAGCAACAGCAGCGGGGUAGAGCAGCAGCUGGCCUCCUUCAUGGAGGAGGCGCAGUGCUCCGCGCGGUCUGAGGAAACCCUGGCUCAGGUGGUCAGCACAAUCUACUCCAAGGCUGUGUCGGACAGGAGCUUCGCCGCCACGGCCGCCAAGCUCUGUGACAAGAUGGCGCUGUUCAUGGUGGAGGGGACCAAGUUCAGAUCACUGCUCCUCAACAUGCUGCAGAGGGACUUCUCCCGUCGAGAUGAGCUCCAGCAGUCAGAUGUGGAGAGGUGGUUAGGUUUCAUCACAUUCUUGUGCGAGGUGUUCGGUACCAUGAGGAGCAGCUCGGCAGAGCCAUUCAGGGUGCUUGUGUGUCCCAUCUACACCUGCCUACGAGAGCUGCUGGAGUCCACAGAUGUUAAGGAAGAUGCAGUCCUGUGCUGUUCCAUGGAGUUGCAGAGCAUGGGACGUCUCCUGGAGGAGCAGCUCCCAGAGAUGAUGACAGAGCUUCUAGCAGCCGUCAGGGACAAGAUGCUUAGUCCGACCGAAUCUCAGCUGACACGCUCUCUCCUCAUGGAGGUCAUUGAGCUGCAUGCACACCGCUGGAGCCCGCUUGAGGCUCUCACCACCCAGUACUACAACCGUACCAUCCAAAAGCUCACCACCACUGCCUAGGUGCCAGCUCCUUCAGGAGGAGAGGAGACAAGCCCCCCUGACGCCCCGUGGAAACUAUUUCCAGUUGGGCACCAACAUGCUCUUCUAGUUUUACCAAAACAUAGGAAUUUAAUAAUAAUGUCACUCUUACCUAAAUAAAUACAUGCUUUAUGUGGGUACUGAACAUAAUCGUACAAUUCGCUAAAUUCUCCAAGAUAAGUGACCACUGCCACAAAAAAAACGUACACUAUCCACCAAACAGGUAGCCCUGAGCUAUCAAGGGAACACUACAGUACAUUCGGCGUUCAAACAAUGAAAAGCAUAUUUGCCACACACUGGGAGAAGACAGCAGCUUAAAUACGGCCAGUAGGGGCGUGCUCGGCCAUACAGCUUCCAGGAGCUCGCCUGGCUGUAGCUUCUGAGGGAUAAAGGAGGGAGCAGACAAGAGAGGGGUCACACAGGGGAGAGGAGGAGAGGGCAGCAGCCUGCCCGUAGGGAAUAGAGAGAUCUGUACCCAAAGAUGAAUGGAGGAGGGAGAGGGGGGGUCAGGGUAGUCCGUGUCAGUCUCCUCAUUGUGUUCAUUUGCCCACCACCCACCCCUCCUCUCUGUCUCUUUCUCCUCCCCCUCCUGUCUCUCCGUCAGCCCCUGGGGUCUGUGUGGCUGAUAAAAGAGAGAGGGGAGGAGGAGGAGGAGGAGGAGGAGGAGGAGGCAGGGAGUAGACACGUUGCUGUCUGUCUGGGCCGUCUGCCCUGCCGGGCCAGGGACCAGGUCAAAGGGCCUUGCUGUGGAGCUCCCCAGCUCCCACAGCUCCUCCCUGCCUUUGUCUCCCCAGCUCCACACCCCCCAGCAGGAAGCCUUUUUGUGGGGAUGAGACAGCGGGCCUGCUGGGCUAGGCUGGGCUGAGGAUAAGGAUCAGGCUGGCUAGAGUAGGGUGGCAGAUGGCUGCUUGAGCCCAUGUGAGACGACACACCCCUCUGGCACCCCAGCUCCCUGCUCCCCGAGCUCGGGCCGGUGUCACCAAUAGAAGCAGUAGAAAUAUUGCAUUUUGGGGGGGGGGGGGGGGGGCCGCAUUAGAAAAGCAUUAAAACAAACACUGCUGUCUGAUAAGUCUUUUGUUUUUGUCCUGCAGGGGAAGGUCUCUUCUCCUCUGUUAAGCCGUGCAUGUACAUGCUUUGUUAACCACAUCUUUGAUAUUAUUAUUAUAUUAUUUUUUUAAUCAUUGUGUUUUUAUUGUUGGUUCAUUUUGAAGUCUUGUUUUUAUGAUAAAAUGUACGUAUUGAGGUAUUAGUGGUAGGCCUUAUUGCACAGGUUUGAUUUGUUUUGCACUGUUUUGCUUUAAAACUCAGAAAAAAGCAAAAGUUUGAAUUUGAAUCAGUGCUUGUGGAUUAAUAUUAAAAAUCUCAGUAGUGAGACAAAUGGGUUGAGCAUAGUGAGGGAUUUUAGGAUGUUUUAAUGGACUAGUGGCCUUUGUCAUAUAUCCAUCUUUAUAGGAGCUCUCUUGUUUGGAGGCCUGUAGGGCCUGUGGCAGCAGAGGGCAUGCUGAGGACUAAACAGACUUAAUCACAACAUUCUGUUAUUGAAGGGGGAAAAAAACACAUUCGAAGAGGAGAAAAAAAAGUGAUGUGACAGCAGAAAAAGGAGCAUGGCACACAGAGAAACAGAAGUGAAAUGCUUCUUUAAAAAAUUCUCUCACUCAAGCCAUUCUUUGCAGUGGACAUUUUGCAAGUGUUUAAUAUCGACUGUAUUUGCGUUUGUUUCUAAGGAAAAUGACAACUAUUAACCUGUGUAUUUGAAGAUGACAAUGACGAAAAGAAGAAAUCUUAUUGUAUGACCUCAUUAGCUAGUCAUGUGACCCUUAUUCCAGCUAACGUGUGUACUAUGAUAUUGACGUACCAAGCCAAUCAUGUACCAUUUGUAAAUGGGCUCUAUAUAUAAUCUGCAUACAGUAUAUUUACAAGUAUUUAAAAACAUUGGACUAGAGGGGGAUAGUGCAACAGAGAUGUUACACACAGGAAGACUGUGGUCGUGUGGCUAGAGUUCGGCCUUCCCACGCAUUUUUAUCAGGAACUAGCAUUUUCUUUUGGGAGUAGUCAUACACACACACACAUACACACACACACACAUAUACAUGCACAUAUGCACAUGCAUACACAUGCUUAGUUUCCCAUUGAAUCUCUGUGGGCAGGUUUAAGUGUUUUUAUAUUAUUUUUUCUGUCUUGCAUCAAGAAUUCUGAUCCUGUGUGGUAGAAACACACCCCAGAAGAUUAGUUAGACGAGAAGGGUGAUUUAAAGCUCACAAAUGGUUUUUGGAAGGUGCAGCCUAAUCAUCUGUAAGUGUGUGUCUGCUUAAGAAGUAAUUUGUUUUAUUGUUUUUUUGUUUCUAUUUUGUUGUCUUUAUUUUGUUUCUAGGUUUCUAUUUAAAUUAUAUUUAGCUCAUUUAUAUAUAUAUUUGACCGUCUGGUGGGUUUUUAAGACAUCUGAAACAGUUGUGAUACCUAGCUUGCUGUGUAAGUGUGGUAUUACCGUGUUUUAGUUUGAUGAAAAGAAAAAACACCCAUCGGUGAGUUUCCAUUAUGCAAAGAGCGACUCGCUCUCACAGCAGAUGGGGGCAGGUGGGGAUCGCUGCCGCCCCCCCCCCCCUCUCGUCUGUGGCACUGGAGCCUCCCCACCCCUCGUGCCCUUAGACCCCUCUGCUCGGGUCACAUGACUCACUCGACAAUUGAAUGAGACACCCCUUCAUUUGCAUAUUCUCAUGAAUAUUGAAAAACGAGGCUCUGGUCAGCACGGACGCGCUGUAGAUUGGCAGUAGUGGGUCAUCUUGUGAGCUCUUGUUUGUUUUGUUUUUCUAAGCAACUGAAAAAUAAACUAACAGGAAAAAAAACGA